AUGCAGAUCUUCAAGAUUGUUCAGAUCCUCGGCCUGCUCGCCGUCGGCACCUCUGCCCUCCCCACCCCGGCCAACGUCGCCGAUGUCCAGCCGGCCGAGGGUGCCCACCUUGAGGCACGCUCGCAAUGGAGGGGCUAUAACCCCGGAAGAUUCAGCAGCCAAAGCGUCAACGGAGGCAUAGGCCCCGACUCGAGCUAUCCCGAGACCACAUACGACUCCUCUCGGCGGUGCGGAUUUUGCGGUGCACGCCGAGAGAGUGCCAGACGUGUCGAAGAACAUCAAGCCCACAAACACAAGGAAGAGCUCGAAGCAAAUGGUGGUAGAUAUAGCAUUUUGGAUUAA